CGCCAGCUCCGGUUUGUUUCUUGAGCAUCCCACAUAUCUUUUUUGGAGCAUCAAAUUCGACAUGCGUUUUUCCCUGCUUCAGAUUGGUGCCGCACUUGGCCUGGCUGCCGGUGUUGGUGCUUCUUCAUCGCCUGGCCGCAAUGUCUUUGAACGCGCCGAGAAGUUGACGGCAAAGUCACCUAUCAUUGAGAAGAGAGAGAUUGGCAAGCCCUUCGAGCACCCUAGACUUCAGAAGAGAGCUUCGCCCUACCUGAACAAUGCCACUGAGAAGUUCUGGGUCAACGGAUCAGCUAUUCCCGAUGUCAAGUUUGAUGUAGGCGAGUCCUACGCUGGUCUCCUGCCCAUCAGUGGUGCUGCCAAUGAGACUCGCGAGCUUUUCUUCUGGUUCUUCCCUUCGACCAACCCCAAUGCUACCGAAGAAAUCGCCAUCUGGUUCAACGGUGGUCCAGGAUGCAGUUCCCUCAGUGGUCUGUUGACGGAGAACGGCCCCUUCACUUGGGAGGCUGGAACUUUGGAGCCCGUACAGAACCCCUACACCUGGGUGAAUUUGACCAACAUGCUUUGGGUCGAGCAACCCGUCGGUGUUGGCUUCUCUCAGGGUGUACCCAACAUCACCAAUGAGAUUGAGCUCGGUCUUGAAUUCGCCGGCUUCUACAAGCAGUUCGUUGACGCCUUUGGUCUCCACAACUGGAAGGUCUACUUGACUGGCGAGUCAUACGCUGGUUUCUACGUUCCAUACAUCGCCGACGCUUUCAUCUCCCUCGCAGACACUGUCUACUACAACCUUCAGGGUAUCGCCAUCAACGACCCCAUCAUCGGAGACGAAACCGCCCAGCAGCAGGCUGUCAUUGUUCCCUACGUCGACUACUGGGAGAACGUCAUCUACCUCAACGAGACUUUCUUGAAGCAGAUCCACGAUCGCGCCGACCAGUGCAACUACACGUCAUACUUGGACAAGUACCUCACUUUCCCUCCUCCUCAGGAGCCCUUCCCUCUCCUCCCCGACCCCUAUGAGUCCGACACCUACGCAUGCGACAUGUUCGACACUGUCUAUGAGGCCAUUCUCCUGGUCAACCCUUGCUUCAACAUCUACCACAUCACUGAGACCUGCCCUCACCCAUGGUCAGUCCUUGGUGGUGUCAACACCGGCGACUACAUUCCCUCUGGAGAAGUCGUCUACUUCAACCGCACCGAUGUUCAGAAGGCCAUCAACGCACCUGUUGGUACCAACUGGCAACAGUGCACCAACGUCAACGUCUUCGGUGGAGCCACCAACAACCGCUCGCUCAGCGACACCAGCAAGGGCCCCGCUCUCGAUGGCACUCUCCAGCGCGUUAUUGAGUACACCAACAACACCAUCAUCGGUUCUGGUAACCUCGACAUGCUCCUCUCCACCAACGGUACUCUGGUUGCCAUUCAAGGUGUUGAGUGGAACGGAAAGAGAGGUCUUCAGGAAUACCCCGGCAAGGAAUUCAUCGUUCCUUACCACCCCGAGUACAACGGCGGUGCCCUCUCCGGAGCCGGCAAGGUCGGAUACUACGGAAGCGAAAGAGGUCUUACCUUCUACACCGCUCAACUCGCCGGUCACGAACUUCCUGGCUACGCUCCUGGUGCUGCUUACCGCUCUAUUGAGCUCCUCCUUGGACGUAUUGACUCUCUCGCCUAUGACGGUGACUUCACCACCCAAACUGGCAACUUCACUGGCAAUGGUACAAUCUAUGCCCAGCAGCAGUUGUUUUAGAGAAAACGCGACUCUGUAUUUAC